ACCUUUCCUGGCGUGCACAUGCAGGUAACAGUGCUAAGCGUACACACAACCCAUCAACACUACGUCACGCGACCUUGGCGAAGGGCUGUGAUAGCAUUGUCCUGUUGCCUUGCUCAAAUAGAGCCCAAGCUGGGCAGUGCAUGGGUAUCUGUACCCGCCAGCCACUCUCACUUGUUACUAGGACAGGAAUGCUAAGCGCAAUCUCCACGCCUUCGGCAUUGUGAAUCACGUUGCUCAUUGGCAUCAUGACUCCAGGUUCGAGCGCGUCGAACGCCGAUCUCCUUUCAGCUCCUGCCAGAAGCUAUCACACUUCAAGUCACGCUGACGGCUCACCAGGCCUCUCCGCCAGCUCCGGAUCUAAUAGCAGCAGCGACGGCACGACAACGCCAGCGAAGAAUAGAGCAGGUCAGACAUCAAAGGCGUCUAGAUCGCGCAGCGUGGAUGUCGGCGAGGCUAUGACGCCUGGUCGAGUGUCAGACAGUGCCCGCACCGCACCUUCCUCUCCUGCUUCAGGAGCACCUUCUGUUGGCCGAACUCUCCAAAAUACGUACAAGGCCCUUCAGCUACGAGCGCGGAGGAGUCUGCUGGACUUGCGCGUUGGUGGUAGCGGAUCCGCUCGCCGUCAUGAGGGGCUACAUGGUGCAACUCGCCAGCUCCACCCUCACGCGCGUGACGGCAGUCUUCAUCCUCUCCCCGCGAGAACUGCGAGUCAGGGAUUCGGGACUAGCGAGAGCAAGCUCGGACGUCGGGCAGCCGAUAUGGAUGGUAGUCUCGGCUCGCUAGUGACACCCACCACCGCGCGUCCGAGCGUUGCAGAGGAGCGCCGAGGGUCGGGUGGGACGGUGAAGGGAUCCCGAUGGGGCAUACGUCCCAGUUCAAGACCCUCCUCCAGCGGAUCUGGCGCGGCCAGCUCCACACAAGGGUCAUCACCAUGGUCAAAUCGGCGUAGGAGGGAAAGAGAUGAGUCGUCGAGACAGGGAGCUGCGCUGCACACCUCAUCGCUCGCGGGAUACGGCGCCUCACCGGACGUAGGUGACUAUGCAGAUGCUCUUGCCAUGGGCCCCUCUCCUUCGACCCAGUCGCGCUUAUUACCUCCUGUAGACGUUGACGGAAGCGAUGCGAGGGCCUUGCAAGGCGUUCAAGCCGGUCCUUCGAACGGCCUAGGUAGUCUAGCCUCUUUCUCCUUCCCGCACGACGCGGCGUUCUUGCGCACACGAGCGCAACCCUUGCAAGGCAUGGAUGGCGGAAUGCGGCAUCCAAGCCCUACUGACACGAAGUCAGCCUCGGUGAAGUGGCUUCCAAACUCUCCAACGACCCCGCUGGCUUCGCAUUUCAACCAUCGCCGUCCUAGCGUCAUUGGGCACGCGCAUCGAAGCAGUGCAACGAAUGCGGAGAGGAGAAGAGCCAGCGACAAUCCUCCCUGCACAUGUCCUGCUGUGCUACCCCGACGUCACUCUGAGCUUCCUGUGUUGGUCCCAUCGUACCUCUCACCCUCACCAUCCCGAUCCAUCCUGGAGCAGCCAAGCGCUGCGAGCCCUGCCCUGUCGAGACGACGCUCAGUGAGGCCAAGUGCGGCGCGGAAUAGACUCGUCACGCAGAUGGCAAGCUGGGACUUUUGCAGUCUUGAUCUCAGCGACGAGGAUAUCCGCUCUGCAUGCGAGAUCGUCUUCGAAGCCGUUCUGAGUGCCCCGAUACCUCGCAAUGUGCUGGACCAGCCGCCGGUCCUUCACGAUGCAACUUACUCGGCUCAAACAAGCACAUCCACCUCGGAAUCGCCCUGGACGACUCUCGGAGAGCAUCUCGGCGUGACGAUGGACGCUGUGCGACGCGUCUUGGAUAGCAUCAUGGACCUCUAUCACUCUUCAAAUGCGUAUCACAACUUCAAUCACGCUGCAGACGUACUUCAAGCUUUGUAUGCGCUACUGGUGGACUUGAAAGCCGUUCCAAGCCUCUCACCAACUAGCACGGCAGCUUGGGAUCCAGCCUCAUCGCCCCUUUCGCCUCAAGACGCGCUUGCACUACUGUUUGCAGCCAUUGGUCACGACGCUGGUCAUCCUGGACUGUCCAACGCUUAUUUGUCCAACGCAUCGGCGCCGAUAGCGAUCGCCUUCAGAUGCGGUGCUCCUGAACAUGGUAACGCAGAGGAGGGCAAAGCGAAAGACGAAGUCGGCAGCGAUGACAGCCUUGUCAAACCAGCAAAGGGCAGUCCGCUGGAGAGCUAUCACGCAAUCCUCUUCGAGGGCUUGAUGGAGCGUUGUGGCUUGGCGCAUCUUCUCUGGGCCGAACCGGGCGCUCGAUCCGAGUUUGGAGAGGUCAUCAGAUCCUGCAUCCUUGCGACCGACAUGGCCAUCCACUCCUCCUUCGUAAGCGCUCUCUUCACCUUCGAAGCCCGGCUGUACGACGAGCCUGUCGUCAGUGAUGGCAGAGAUCGGGCGCAGAGGAUUCGUGCACAGCCUCGGAGCGAGCGCACACUGCUUUGCGCAGCUUUGCUGAAAUGUGCAGACAUCAGCAACCCAGUUCGAGCUCGCAGCGUCGGUCGACGAUGGAGCGUCGCACUGCGAAAGGAGUGGGAGCGUCAAAGCGCUCUGGAGGAGGAAUGCGGACUUCCUGUCACUGCGGGUGCUGCUAACAAAUGCAAGCACAAGAGACGAUCGGCUGCUCCGGUAUCCAUGCCACCUCUUCCUGGUUCUCCCUCAGCCAACGAGGACGGUUUGAGGAGGACAAGCGCUGCGCAGAUGGUUGCUCAACUCGGCGGAGGCGGAGGCGCCGCUGCUGAGAUUGUGGAAGUAAGCUUGAAUGACCUGGCCGCUGCUGGUGAGCUAGAGGAAGAGCGCGCGCUAGCAAGAGGGCAGGUCGCUUUUGUCAACGCUUUUGUAGCGCCGCUGAUGGUGGCUAUCGCGAAACUUUUGCCGAGUCUCGACGCAUAUCUACAGCUUGCUAUCGACAACAAGGCUUUAUGGGAGAAGCAUCUCGAAGCAGUUGAGGCGCGAAUACUUGCGGAGGGGCCUUCAAAACAAAGCUCACCUCCAAGAAACCCAUCGAUGACCGCUUUAUCCAUCGCAGACGAGCAACUUGCUCAGCUUCACGGACGUUCUGCGAUAUCCUUGUCCAUGCUGGAUAGCGAGAGAUUACGACUUCCUUCGAUCUUUCUGCCGCCAGUGGGCAAUGUUCCUCUGGAUGCACAGAGUUGCAGAGAACAGGUGCAGCGAGCUAUCGACGACGCUCUUAUUGGCGCCGUUCGUGCGUGGAAGGUUCCUGUGCCUGAAGGAGUCACAGCGGAUCACCCUCUGAUUGCGAUUGACGUGGCGGAUGCCAGCAAAGCAUCGACGGCGGCGACGCCGGACGCGGCAGAUGAUCGUCAAAGGUGCGCCUCGAGCGCGAGCCUCGCGUCCUCAAUUCGCUCGGCGGCGUCGUCGACCCCGGCCACAGCGCACUCUACUUCGACAGCAGCGACGAGCAGCGCAUCGGGCGUGUUGGGAUUGGGCAAAGUGGAUCUCCAUUGGUCUGCCCUCAAGUCGCAGCUCACGGCGCCGUCUAGCAGGCAUGAAGAUUUGUCUGUUGGUCUCGCACCAGCACUACCUCCGAUCACUGCUUCAACAUCUAGUCUGGAAAGGCCCACAUCGUCCCUGUAUGACGUUCAAGUGCCUUCCCCAGCGCCUACUCCUGGACAUGCUAGUCAGUCGCGGCGAAAAACGCCCAUCAGCGUCAUGCGUCGGCUUUCUGCGUGGAGCAGCUCCAAAUGAGAAGGGUGGCGCGUUGCAAGAUCUCCACCAGCGAGGCACUUGCCUACCUCUGAGUCUAUACGGACUAUCUGCUAGCGCUCCACCCCAACCUCCCUCGGCAAC